AUGAAGAUACAAAAUGGGGAGUAUAUAGAGAAGGUAAAUAAACGACGAAAAGAUGUUGACUUUUUAAAUAAGCUUGUUCUUGUCAAGAACCGCGAUGUUUCUAAAUUAGCACCAAAAUUUUUAGGGCCUUAUAGAGUCCUUGAUGUCAAACCAGAGUUUAACACUGUAUCAGUCGAUAUAGAUGGUACUACUAAACGUUUCUCUUUUAGAGACAUAAAACCCUUUAAGGAAGAGGAGGGUGUCGUAACCGAGGUUACUUACAAUUGA